AUGCGUAUUUGCUCUUCGUCCAUUUUGUGGUUCACUUCUAGGCUUCAGAACAGAUUACUUUAUUCUAUAACUCCACACGCACAAAGCAUCUUUUCUUCUUCAUCUCAAAAGGCAGCUUGUUCAGCCGAAUCUAGUCUUUCGCUAUCUGAGUUUCUAAGAGCUUCUGAUGAACUUUUACGCCAUCUGACCGACAGAUUUGAACUACUUCCUGAAGAAAUUUCUCUUAGUAAAGAUUAUGACACUAACUUUUUUGAUGGCGUUCUGACGAUCAAUUUCGGCAGGGGAAUAGGAAUUUAUGUUAUCAAUAGGCAAACGCCCAAUCGCCAAAUCUGGUUAUCAUCACCAAAAAGUGGUCCUAAACGCUUUGACUAUUGCACUGAUUCAAAAAAUUGGAUAUGCAAGCGGGAUUUUAUCAAGCUAUCGCAGCUACUUGAAGAUGAAAUUUUUCAAAUAGUAGGAUCGCGUGUCUUUUUCGGUUCAAAAUAG